AUGUUGUCACUGAAAGCCUCGAGGGCCGACAACUUCUACUAUGGGAACGUUGAUGAUGAGCUUGUGAAGAAGAAGAAAGAAAAAGAAGAAAGAAAGAAAAAGAAGAAAAAGGAGUAUAACGAAAUAAAGUUUGAAAUUCCCUAUACGAUAAUAUGUGGGGAAUGCAAAAAAUAUAUUUAUAAAGGAGAAAGAUUUAACAGUGAACGAAGAGAAAUAGGACAUUAUUUAAGCACUCCAUUUUAUUCCUUUACUAUUUCUUGCAAAACAUGCUUUAACAAAAUUGUUAUUGAAACAAAUCCCAAGGAUUGUUCAUAUGAUGUUACUCAAGGGGCAAGAAAAAAAAACGAACAUUUUGAAAAUGUUUUAACCGAAGCAGGACGAAAUAAUAUAAACUCUAUAGAUUUUGAAAAAAAUAAAAAAAAAAAAUGUAACCCCUUUUUGCUCCUAGAAAUAAAUGCCCUUCAAAAGAAAAAAGACAACAAGGGAAAAGAAUCCAAUCGAACGCAAGACAAACUUGUGCAAGAUGAAGCACAUGAGAGUGUUCAUUAUUUCUCUACUGAACCGGCAUGUUACAGUGGGGAAGAGCCUUAUGAGGGAAUCCCAAACGAGGAGUCUCCCCCAAACAAUGAAAACAUUAACGAUGAAAACAUUAACGAUGAAAACAUUAACGAUGAAAACAUUAAUGAUGAAAACAUUAAUGAUGAAAACAUUAAUGAUGUGAUAAAAGAAAAUUACCUAAGAAACAACAUGUUGAAGAACGACUUUACCUGCAACAGAAACCUAAGGAAACAAUUGAGAGAUAUAAAAUAUGAUAAAAUAAAGCAGAGGGAAGAGUAUAAAAGGAAAAAUAUAUUCAUAGAUAUCGUGAAUAAUCCGUAUGAAAAUAUGAAAAUAAACAAAUAUAUGCGCUUUAAUGAAAAGUGUAAGAAGAGCAUCAAUGUGAAGGAAGAGUUAAAUAAGGAAACUUGGUGCAAUGGUCAACUGAGAAAACAUAAAAUUUCCAAGAAUAGCUUAAUAAAAAAAAAGAAAAGUAGCAUAUUUGACAAAAAGUAUCUUAAGAAGGUGAAGUAG